AUGCUUUUCAAACAAAUAGCUUUAGCCGCUCUUUUGGGAGUAACAUCGGUUCUGGCCCUGUCUGCGAAGCAGCCUCAUGUUGCUUUCGUCACUUCUAAACAACAACCAGUUGCACUACGUACAAUCUCGGACCAGUUUCAGAAAUUCGAUAAACCGCUAGUCGUCGAGAGGCAAAACGAUACCAUUGAGUUUGCUUUUUCCAUCGAAAGGGAGCAGAAGCCUCAGCAUGCGUCUCUUGCCCUGGGCCUUGUUGAGCGUGGGAUUGAGGCUCAUUACAGUCCCAUAAUAAAAGACAACGAAAAAGAAGGCAUGUCAACCUACAAGUUUAGGAUUCCAAUCGAAAGACUAUCCGACAGCUUGCUUCACUACGGCGCCGAACUACAUGAACCAUUAACUGCAUCUUUGCUUUUGGCUAACAAGAACGGUGGCUCUGAUAACGUAUUUGUCGAGCUCUUUGACCUUUCGCUUGCAUUUGAGAUUAAUAGAAAACUUUCUCUCCCAGCUAGAUUCCAGCCUUUGCCGGAGAUCAAGCACAUUUUCAAUGCUCCUCCUACCAUCGUGUCUUCAUGGUUUGCACAAAUGUUUUCCUUCAUCAUCUUAGGGUGCGUUCUAUCGCUGUUGCUGGUGUGGUUAAAGGCAGGGAUUUUUUCUUCAGCAAAGCUUCCUCUAAACACCGUCAUUGCCAUUUACUAUCUAGGAUUUGUUGGUGCGAUCAUUGGUUUGGAGUAUGUGUUCACGCAGUACUAUUUGGGUGCCAGCAUUUUCAAAACGCUUGAAAACGCCUUUUAUGUGUCUGCCCCCGGUUUGCUCAUAGGCUGCAAAUUGCUAGUGUCCUUGACCAAAUGA